AUGCGCGGCAGCUACCCCAUCACUGGUGAAGAGCAGCCAUUGCCGCCUCUACUGCAACAACCGCCAUCGCCGUCGCCACGGCUGCCUUCAUCCACCCAAGGCAUUGAGAACAUCGCUGCUGAAGAGAAACCGCUGCCGUCCACCACCGCAGGCAGCGGUGACAUAGCUGAUGAAGAGCGACCGUCCCCCACUACCUUGGACGAUGGCAAGAUCAAUCAUUUCGAUGAGCUGCUGGCACCCACCAUCUCUGCUGGCAGUUCCAACUACCCUUGUGAAGAGCCGCCGCUUCCGACCACCUUGUGCGGUGCUGCUAACAUCAUUGCAGAUGAGACACUGCUCCCCCCUAUCUUGGGGAUCGAUGAUGCAAGUGGUAAUGAAGAGCCGUUUCCUCCCACCGUCCUUGGCAGCGGUGACGCUGGUGCCCCUGUUGACCCACUGCCACCCACCACCCCAGGCACCGGUAACGUCAUAGCUGAUGAUAAGCCACCAUCCCCCACUACCUUGGACGGUGGCGAGAUCAGUUAUUUCGAUGAGCUGCUGGCACCCACCAUCUCUGCUGGCAGUUCCAACUACCUUCCAGAAGAGCCGCCGCUUCCGACCACCUUGUGCGGUGCUGCUAACAUCAUUGCAGAUGAGACACUGCUGCCCCCCAUCUUGGGGAUCGAUGAUGCAAGUGGUAAUGAAGAGCCGUUGCCUCCCACCGUCCUUGGCAGCGGUGACGCUGAUGCCCCUGUUGACCCACUGCCACCCACCACCCCAGGCACUGGUAACGUCAUAGCUGAUGAUAAGCCACCAUCCCCCACUACCUUGGACGGUGGCGAGAUCAGUUAUUUCGAUGAGCUGCUGGCACCCACCAUCUCUGCUGGCAGUUCCAACUACCUUCCAGAAGAGCCGCCGCUUCCGACCACCUUGUGCGGUGCUGCUAACAUCAUUGCAGAUGAGACACUGCUGCCCCCCAUCUUGGGGAUCGAUGAUGCAAGUGGUAAUGAAGAGCCGUUGCCUCCCACCGUCCUUGGCAGCGGUGACGCUGAUGCCCCUGUUGACCCACUGCCACCCACCACCCCAGGCACUGGUAACGUCAUAGCUGAUGAUAAGCCACCAUCCCCCACUACCUUGGACGGUGGCGAGAUCAGUUAUUUCGAUGAGCUGCUGGCACCCACCAUCUCUGCUGGCAGUUCCAACUACCUUCCAGAAGAGCCGCCGCUUCCGACCACCUUGUGCGGUGCUGCUAACAUCAUUGCAGAUGAGACACUGCUGCCCCCCAUCUUGGGGAUCGAUGAUGCAAGUGGUAAUGAAGAGCCGUUGCCUCCCACCGUCCUUGGCAGCGGUGACGCUGAUGCCCCUGUUGACCCACUGCCACCCACCACCCCAGGCACUGGUAACGUCAUAGCUGAUGACAAGCCGCCAUCCCCUACUACCUUGGAUGGUGGCGAGAUCAGUUAUUUCGAUGAGCUGCUGGCACCCACCAUCUCUGCUGGCAGUUACAACCACCUUUGUGAAGAGCCGCCGCUUCCGACUACCUUGAUCGGCGCUGCUAACACCGUCGAAGAUGAGACACCUCUCCUCACCAUCUUGGAGAGCUGUGAAACAACUGGUUAUGAAGAACAGCCGUCCCUCACCAUCUUUGGCGGCAGCAAGAUCACCCCUGAAGUAUCUCUGUUGGUGCCUUUAGUGGAUGUUACACCAUCGCCCCUACAGGGCGUGCUUCUCACUGGCCCUCCCAGAAAGCAGGCCUUCCCUAAACUUUGCACAAAGAAAAAAGCAUCUAAUCCUCCUCUUUGUCUUCGUGGGCCGCCUCCUUCUCCUGCCUUUAGGAACAAAAAGUAA